AUGUAUGCAUUACUUUUAAUGCUUGGCAUAGCAACUGCAAAUGACGCAGGUAAUAAAAUUAAAAUAUUAUAUAAGUGAAAUCAAUAAGUUUAAAUGAGUUAGUAGAUAAUGCAAUUGAUGCUUAUGAUUAUAAAGUAUAUAGAUUAAAAAUACAUAAUCCAGAAAAAUUAUAAAAUCGUACUUUGAUAGUAUAAUUGUUACCAUAAAUUGGUAAUCCAAAAGUAGCGGUAGAAUGUGAUACGUAAUAAAAAUGAAUAUAGAAAAUUAGAUAACCAAAAUUAUUAGAUUAUUAUGAAUGGUAAACAGAAUCUUGGUUUAUGUAAUAACUUGCAAUAUCAUAUUAAGAAAGAUAAGCAUUAAAUUGUACAGAUAAUGAUUUCUAUAUUGGUGUUUCAAGUGAAGUUGUUUCUGGUUAUUAAUUGAUUGCUUAUGUUUUAGAUGGAAUAUAAUAAUUGGAAUACAAUAUUCCAUUAAGGUAAAUAGAUAAAUUUAAUGAUAGUGGUGAAUUGAUAGAAAAUGAGAUAAUUUAAUUUAAAUUGAAGCCAAUCUAAGAAGCAGAAUAAAUUACAUUUUAAAUUACAGCUAAUUAAGUAGAGAAGUUUUUGAAAAAAUGUACUAGUGAAGAUUGUUAAAUUACAAUAAGUGAUUUUGAAAGUAAUGAUACUGAUACAGCUAUUCACAUAACAUAAUCUUCAUUAUCAUUAAUACAUUAAAAUUGUUAAUAUUGUUAUUAUUUGAUUGGAUUAAAAAGUGAUAAUAAAACACAUUUUCGUAUAUUAGCUAAACGUAGAGAAUAGCAUAUUGUUUUAAGGGAAGGAGAAUAAGAAUAAUUUUAUGUUGAAGAAGGAUUUUUAAAUUAUUAUUUAUACAAUAUUCCUAAUGAUACUAAUAUAAAAAGUGUGAAAUUUUAAUUAACUCAAUAUAAUGGUUCAUGCAUAAUGUUUGGUAGUUUAUCUAAUUAAUACCCUGAUGAUAGUAAUCAUGAAAUGAAGAGUUCUUCAUAAUUGAAAGCAACCAAUAACAACUAAACUUUUUAUAUGAGUAUAUAUGGUUAUACACAUUGUUAAUAUGGAAUCUAUACACAAGUUGAAAGAUUUUAAACUAUCAAUCAGACUUAUUUCAUUCAAUUAUAAAGUGGAGUACCAUAAUAAUAUUUACCAGGUAAUCAAUAUAGCUUUUUUUAAAUCUAAUUAACUUAAAAAUAGAAUUUUAGUAUCACAUUAUAAAAUAUAGAGGGAAAUUAUAUAAUGUAUGUAAAGUCUAAUCUAAUAAAUAAAGAAAUACCAGAUAGUAAUAGUUAUUAAUGGAAAGAUUCUAAACAUAUCUAAAUUAAUAUUGAUGAUCCUAAUUAUGCAAAAUAAUAUUAUAUAGGAGUAUAAAAUCUAAAUGAUCAUGGAGAAUUUAUAAUUCAAUAUAUUUUGCAUGGAGAUAUUGAAUUUUAUUAAGUAGGAUAAUAAAUUAUAGGAACUGUUGCAAAAAAAAAGUUUAGAUAUUAUAAAUUACCAAUGCAAUCUAGAAAUCUCACGAUUAUUAAAGAUAUUUAUUCAGGAAAUGAUAUUGGUGAUUUAGAACUAUUUAUUUCGUUUGAUCAAAAAAAUACACAUCCUAAUAUCAAAAAUUUCAAUAUUUAUUUGAAUGGUAAAAAUAUAACUAUUCCUGAUUCUGAUUUGCAAUGUUAAUAGAAUUCUACAUAAAUCAAUGAAUAAAAUCUAUGUUAUAUUUACAUGUCUGUAUAUUCUUCAUCUGGUACUAUUUUUUAUACUAUAACAACUAAAUACAAUAAUAGUAGAAUAUAAUUACAUGAAGGAUAUCCUUAAACAAUGACUUUUGAAUAAGAAACCCUAUUCUAUUAUAUUCUCAAUCAAAAAGAGAUUUCUGUGUAAUGGUACUCAUAUGGGGGAAGUCAAGCAAAUGUUGAAGCUUAUUAUGGUAAUAAAGAUAAUCCAGAUUUGAAAUAUGAAAUAUUCAAUUCUCAUUCAUACUUUACUUAAUUUUAAAGUAUUACAAUACCAGAAUCUGAUAAAUAUUAAAUAUUGUAUAUUCAAGUCAAACCUAUUGAACCUCAUUUUUAAAAUGACACAUACACCAUAGGAAUUUAUGAAGAUGUUAAAUUAUUGACUCUUUCUGAUCCAAUCAUUGAUAAUAUUCAAAAAGGUUUAACUAAAUAUUAUAAACUAACUUUGACACAAGAUGUUAAAUUAAUUUAAGUUAACAUUCAUAUUAAAGGAGGUGGAGAUCUUGUUAUUCCUAGGAUCUCUAAAGGAAAAGACAAAAGACCUAAUUAAUUUGAAUUUGAUUUUUAUUGGACAGAGAUUUUAGGAUCAACAUAUAUUUUAGAAGAACAACUAGAUCGCUAUUUACCUAAAGAUGAUUAUAUUAUUGGUGUUUUUGGAUAAGCUGAUUGUGAAAUUUAAAUUAGUUACAAUCUUGAUGAUGCAAAAUUCUUUAAUGCUUUUCUUGGCUUUCCAUUUGAUAUAAUAUUUCCUGAAAAUAUACCACAUUAUUACAUUUUUAGGGAUAAUCCAAAUGAUGAAUAAUUUAGAAUUAUUGUAUUUGCAUUAUAAGGUAGAUUGUAAAUUAGAGCAAAAAAAUUAAAUGCUCAUCAUGAUUUUACAAAUAUUAACAGUAAUGAUAUUUUGCUUAUAAAUGAAAUUGUUGAUAAAUAGAAAUCAUUUUAAGUGAUUACUUGUGAUCAAGUAAGUUGUAUUUAUGUAAUUGAAAUUACUGCCAUCUUAGGAGGUAGUAAAGGUUUAAUUGAAUUUAGUAGUCAACUUUAUUAAACUACUUUAUAUGAUGAUCUUUAAUGGUAAGAAGUCUUGAAUGAAUCACAAACUUCUCAAUAUAGAUUUUAUUCUCGUGAUGAUAUUUAAGUAAAUAUCUAAAUAAUAAGUGGCGACAUCAAAUUGUAUUUAAAAGAAGGUUAAGAACUUAAACAUAAUGAUGAAGCUGAUCUAACUAAAAGAAUUUCAAAUGAUACUUCAAUAUUUUUCUAAAAAAAGAAUUCUUCAAAUUCUUUAAUUGUAAUUAAGGCUGAAUCUUUAGCAUCGAUUUCUAUUUUUAAAAUUAGUGCAUCUAGAUAAUAUAAAAAGUCUUACACAAUUCAUUUAGGUCAAAUGAUGACUUAUCAUAUAAAAACACAUGAAACAAUCUUUUUAUAAUAUUAAUCAAUCACUUAAACUACUGAUAAUCAAACUAAAUUUAUUAAUCUACAAAUUUAAAAUAUUCAUUAAUCUAUUGACAACUUAUACUUUGAUAUUAGUCAUAAUUCCAUUAAACCAAUUAAUUAUUAUAAUAAAUAUCCAAAAGCUAUAUCAUAUCAUUUAUAUGAUUCUUUUGGACUCUAUGAUAUUUCUAUCAAAGCCUUACAAAAUAAUAGUCUAAUAAGAAUUAUAAUUACUAAUGGAGAAUUGAAUGCUUUAAUCGAUAAUAUAUCAUAAUAUUAACUUACUAAAAUUGGAUAACCAAAUUAUUAUGAAGUUUUUUUACAAUAAAAAUCAAAACUUUUCUUAGAAGUUUUCACUUGUUCAGGAUAUAUAAUGGUUUAAGGAACAAAAAAUUAAACCAAUCUUGCUAAAUAAAUAUUUGAAAUUUAAAUGAUGAAUUCAUCCUAAGAACAUAUUUAAUCAAUCUUAUAUUUAGAAGCAGGUACAUAUUAUUUCUUAGUAAAAUUAAUAUCAAGUCAUACUUAAGAUGAAAACAAGAAUAAAAUUUCAUCUUAUUUUAUUAAAUAAUAAACUUUUGAUUAAGGUGAAAUAAUUCCAUAAACAUCAUUUGAAAUAAGUAAUAAAUCAAUAGAUUGGUAUAAAGUGGAGAAUAAUUUAAUCGUCCAUAUUCCAAAUCUAAUUUAAGUAAAAAAAGAUAUCACAUUAAUACGUAUUUACUUUAUAGUAAGAAUACAAUAAGCUAUAGGUGAAAAGAGUAUUGCAUGUAUGUUUGAAUCUAAUUAUGUCAAUAAUAAGACAAAUGUUUAUGGUAAAUAUACAUAAACAAUUGAUUAAAAUAUAUAGAGUAAUAUUACAACUGUCACAUUUAUAAUAAAAGAUCAAUAAACAAAGUAUUUAAGUGUAGUUGGAAAAGUAUAAUUUUAAAUAGAGAAUGAGAUUGAAGAACUCACAUAUCCGUUUCCAAUAAUUGAAAUGAAUUAUUCGAAUAAUUUAUAGGAAUCAACUCAAUAAUGGAUUUUGCUAGGUGUAUUUCUUACAAUCUUGCUCAUUGCAGGAUUUUUAAUUUACUUAAAUAUAAAAAAAUAAGUGCAUCAUUAAAACCAUAACCAACUCAAUAUUGAAAUGAAUUAUUAAACAUUUAAUAAUUGAU